AUGCCCCCUGACGCAACAGAAAGGAGCAUAAAUCGCACUAUGAAUUUGUUCGGACUCCGUCGAGAGGCGAGACAUCCCGGGGACCCAUUGAUUGUGACAGAGGCCACGACAGCAUGGGAAAUUUACAACCACAAAGCCUCUGAGGUUGAUCGAGAAAUGGUCAAAGACUGGAAUGAUAGCCUCAAUACGAUAUUGAUAUUCCUGACUUGGCUGCGGACCGCACUCUACUCGGCUAUACUGACGGCUUUCAUCGUCGAAAGCAUGAAGCUUCUGGAGGAAGAUCCAACGGAGACCACACGAAACAUCCUUCUCGUUAUCUCCAGGCAGCUGGCGAAUGCGUCUCACCCAGCUUUUGAACAAGCGGCAUUCAAAAUCCCUCACUACGCAAUUGUCGUGAAUGGACUCUUCUUCACGAGCUUAUCGUGUGCACUCAUUGCAUCGUUGUUAGCGGUGUUAGCACUGCAAUGGGUGGCCAACUACGACAUGGGGCUCAAUAUGUCGUCACCCCGCAAGCGGGCACUUCAACGACACAUUCGAUUUCGAGGGGUAGAGAAAUGGAAGAUGCCAGAGCUCAUCGCCGGACUGCCACUUCUCAUCUUCAUUGCCCUGUUUCUAUUCUUUAUUGGCAUAGCAGACUGGCUUUGGCACAUGAACCGGGGUAUCUCGAGCAUCGUUCUUGGGGGGAUUGGGAUAGGAAGUCUUUUGUGGCCGAUCACGAACCUCAUUAGUAUUGUUAACGUGGAUGCGCCAUUUCGUACGCCCGUAUCCAAAAAGCUGACCGGGAUCAUGAGACAAGCCAUGGCAUGGCUUCAGAAGACUAUGAUUGCCCCCAAGUCAACUCCACACGGUGGUAACGGGCUAGAACAAGAUGCCGAGUAUACAAUGGAGCAGCAACUUACGUUCACUCAGCGUGAGGAGAAUAUGUUUGAAGGGAAGGAUACCAUUAAGCUAGAUGGGCUCUUAUGGCUCGCAAACAACAUCGAGAUAUCGAAAUCCGUGACGAAUUCAUUUAUCGCUCUCUUGAAGGAGUUGGCCGAGGUACCGGCGUUGACAUUGAUGGAUCAAGAGAAGCUGAAGGACGCACCUUGGAAGGCAAUUUUCGAAAUGCUGUGUACUCCGUACAUAGGAAAGAAGGAAUACAGAACAGAUGAAUUGGAGGUGGCCCGGUGGAUCUGCAAAGGAAUGGGCAUAGCUCCAUACUUUGUGUCACCCAUCUGUCGAAGAUUCCUUACAGUACUACGUGAUCUGGAGAACCGAUCGAUAUACAGUGUGGUCCAUUUUGCGUCUUAUAAGCAGUCUCCCCCUUUGGAAUCUACAAACUAUUCAAUAAAUCUGCUGCGUCUAGCAUUCUUCGGCACAAAGGAAUCGAUUCCUCACAUAGAAUACAACUAUCUCCAUUUCAUGAUAUUAAAUGCUAAGAAAGAAUGGCCAUGCUUAGAGCAGGGGGACCGUACCAGGCUUGUCAGAUCCUUGGCAGAGCCAUGGACGAUUCCUUCUGCGGUGAUCCGGAUCGGACCCCCCUCAACCGUAAUUCCGGUGAAUUUGCUGGACCUUGUGCUUGAUUUUGUGGUUCCACACGUUGGGGAUACAUUCGAGGCUCGUUACCUUGCAGCAAUACAGGGAUCCCGGAAUCACGAAUGGAACGAUGCCAUCUAUCAACUCUUUCGGAUGGUCGCACAGCAAAUGGUCGCACAAAUCUCCCACAAAAUUAACUCUUUAUCCGGUUGCACGAAGGAAUUGGAAUUCCUGGCACGGAUAAUGGAAUCAAAGCGACAGGACCUAACCAAGGAGAUGGAUGACUUUGUAUGGGUCAUGAUUGACAGGUAUAAAGAGCGUUAUGGAUACCGAGAGCUACAAAGAAUACGUAACACUCUUUGUGAAGGAUUGUUCUGUAGGUCGUUCAAACUGGCGUGGGUCGAUUUGAUCCUGGCACUGGACGACUUCGUGACUCGACUACCUCCAUCUUCGUUCCAUUUCUAUUCACAAGUCGUUCGUUUCAUCGAUGACUUUGGUUCAGCUUCUCGCCUCGAGGGCAGCACCGAUUUUGGUCCAUUGGUGCAUGUUCGGGAUCCUUGCAUUGCCUGGGUCAUAUCGUGGCUAUGCCCGUCUCAUCUCCAAUUUCAAGCGUUGAUCCACACCGAAUUUAGCAAAUGGAAUGACAUCAUUGAACAUGAGGUCGUCCGUCUACUCAAUAAAGACUCAGACGUCUUGAAUACCAGUUUCGAAUCGGAUGCCCAGAUCACCUUUCUUCGUGCCAUUGCACUUGACGGCCCCUCGAAUGUUCGCAUCGGGGCAUUGAGUUGUUUGGCGAGGGGAAAUUGGAAACAGAAAGCUGACAAGUGGCACCAAGUCUUUGCUUCACCCAUGCUCCGUCUUAUCCUUGAACAAUCAGCAAAUUCCGGAGGGUUUACCAUCCAUUCAUUACUCAGACAAUUGGCCAACGAUGAAUGGUUCUAUGAAGAAUUUUCUGAGGCAAACGGACUUGCUUGGUUACCACUCAUCGCUCAGAAUGAUAUAUACACAGAGGAUCAAUCCCUCAAGGAGAAUAUAUUGACUGAAAUCCUAAUCGAUCAAAUCCUAUUCUCGACGGCAAAUCGAAACGUCCAAGUCUCCCUACUAUCAUCUUAUCAUUACCUCCAGUCUAUUGGCCAAACAUGGACCCAAAUUGGCGACCAAUCUCACCGACUACCCAACUUGCAAGCUGCACUAAUUUGGGUUCUUAAUCACUCGAUAAAGCUCCACAACUCGAAAAUCCUUGCUGCAUCGUCGUUUUCUCUCAUUGAUCAACCAAAUUUAGAGAGAUAUAAUUGGCCGACAGUUGGAGAAGUGCGGUCAUUCAGCUUCAUAAAAGAUAUGUCCGAUGAAGAGUGGCAGGAAUGGGUUGCAAGAUUGAGGGUGCUGAUUAUGGGAGCGUCUCUGGGUGGGCUCAAACCCGGUCCGCUUCAGAACAGGGGUCGAUUCUCUCGUGACACAGACGGACUUUGUCAUUUUACCCCUCAAUGCAAACAGCUCUCCAUGGAAAAUAAUACCACCAAGAGACCCAUAACAUUCUUCGGAAUUAGUAGAGAAGCCAGGUAUCCCAAAGAUUCGUUGGUUGUCUCAGAAGACACGACGGCAUGGGAAAUCUAUAACUAUAAAACUGGCGAGCUUGAUAGAGAGUUCAUCAAAGACUGCAAUGAUAUACUCACAUCGUUCAUCGUCGAGAGUAUGAAGCUCUUGAAAGAAGAUACAAGUGAUGUGAGCCGGGAUAUACUCCUUAUUAUCUCCAGACAGUUGGCCAAUAAUUCAUUCCCUCCUUUCGAACCGAUCGACCAUACAAUCCCCAGCUAUGCAAUAGUCGUGAACGGACUGCUAUUCACGAGUUUACUAUGUGCUCUUGUCGCUGCUUUAUUGGCGGUCUUAGCCUUGCAAUGGAUUGCUAGCUACGAUAUGGGUCUCAAUACCACGUCGGCAC